AUGUACUGGAGCCACCCCAGAUUCUCACAAGAGACUGCUACUACCAUUCCAUUUGACCCAAAUUGCACUAAGUUCCCAGUUAGAAAGGAUGUUCCCAGAAGAGAAGAUGCACCGGAGGGAGCUGCAUGGGUUUGGGGACAGAAUGAUUAUAUUGGGAGAAUUAAUCUUCUCACGCCUACUCGAGUCCAAGCCGCAUCAAAAGAGAUCAAGAGUGGGGAAAUCGUAUCUCUCAAUUUACCAUUGAAUGUCCCUGAAGUUCCAGCUUUCAACCGAGAGACUUUCCGGCACGAGAUCAAGCCCAUAGCCGAAGGUCUUGCAUAUGAUGACAAGUACCAGUUGAACACCCAGUCUGGUACUCAGUGGGAUGGUUUCAGACACAUUGCUCAUAUGCCAUCUGAGACAUUUUACAAUGGAACAAAGGGAAAGGAUAUUCAAGGAGAAGCUGCCGAUCCUCAGAAAUGCGGUAUCCACCACUGGGCCGAGCAUGGCAUUGUUGGUCGCGGUAUACUGAUUGACUACUGGACAUAUGCCAAUGAGAACGGAAUUGUUUAUGAUCCAUAUGACUACCAUACAAUCUCCUUUGCUGAGCUUCAAGCAUGUGGCAGGUCUCAGGGAGUUGAUAUCAGACCUGCAGCGCAGGGAGGAGACAUUCAUAUCGGCGACAUCCUGUUCAUCCGGUCCGGAUUCGUCGCAACAUAUCACUCCAAAUCCCCCGAAGCCCGUGCAGCAGCCGCCCUACGCCCUCACUCGGCCGGCAAAACCGACGGUCAACGAUGGGCUGGAGUGAAACAAGAGACUGCUAUGCUCGAUUGGCUCCAUGAUUGUUACUUUGCAGCCGUUGCGGGUGAUGCCCCUGCGUUCGAGGCAUGGCCAAGUCAGGAAGAGUACAUGCUCCAUGAAUACAUUCUGGCUCUUUGGGGAAUGCCCUUGGGUGAGAUGUUUGACUUGGAAAAGCUGUCAAAGACUUGCAGGGAGAAGGGGAGAUGGACGUUCUUUGUGACCAGUGCUCCGAAUCACUGCGAGGGUGGUGUUUCCAGUCAUGGAAACGCCUUGGCAGUUUUCUGA